GGCUCCCAGCCCACAUCCAGGUGAGCGUCCCGGUGCUCUCCCUGAUGCUUGGCCCCGUGCCUACGCCAGCGCUCGCUCCGCUUCCCUCGACGCUGCCAAUGCCCACCCCGGUGCCCUUCCUGGUGCCGGAGCCGCCUGAGCAGCGGGGUCUGGGGGGCGGUGGCCUCGCGGAGGCGGCGCCGUGCCGGGGAGGGUCCGGUGCCGCUGGGCGUGGCCACGCCGGUGCCGGGGCCCGUGCCGGGGCUCGGGGCGCUCCUGUUUGCAGGGCGGCGGUGCGGGGUGCGAAGCUGCGGGAGUCGAUGCUGACCGUCGAACUCGCCGCCGCUGGAACCAUGUCCCAGCCCGAGGCGGAGCGGGCAGGCGGCGGCUCCGCGGUGGACCCGGGGCUCCCCGGUAGGGCACCGCACCGUAACCGCGGCCGGAGGCCCUCGGGACGAGACUCCCGCCGCGCUUCCUCCCGCUUCAACCGGCGGAGUUCGGUGGAACUGGAGCUGCUGGGCUACCCGGGGCCGAGCGUGGGGUCACCGCCGCCGCCGGGCACCGCGGCUCACCGUGAGCCGGAGGAGACGGAGAGCGAGGAGGUGGAGACGCGCGCCGUGGCCACUUCUCCCGACGGCCGAUUCCUCAAGUUCGACAUCGAGAUUGGCCGGGGCUCCUUCAAAACCGUCUACAAGGGGCUGGACACGGAGACAACAGUGGAGGUGGCGUGGUGCGAGCUGCAGACACGGAAGCUGUCCAAGACAGAGCGGCAGCGCUUCAGUGAGGAGGUGGAGAUGCUGAAGGGGCUGCAGCAUCCCAACAUUGUUCGCUUCUACGACUCCUGGAAGUCGUCUGUCAAAGGGCAGAUCUGCAUUGUGCUGGUCACUGAGCUAAUGACAUCUGGCACCCUUAAGACCUAUCUGAAGCGGUUCAAGGAGAUGAAGCUGAAAGUACUGCAGCGCUGGAGCCGUCAGAUUCUCAAAGGGCUGCACUUCCUGCACACUCGCUCACCCCCCAUCAUCCACCGUGACCUCAAGUGCGACAACAUCUUCAUCACCGGCCCCACCGGCUCCGUCAAGAUCGGGGACCUGGGGCUGGCCACGCUCAAGCGUGCCUCCUUCGCCAAGAGCGUGAUAGGAACCCCUGAAUUCAUGGCCCCAGAGAUGUAUGAGGAGAAGUACGAUGAAGCGGUGGAUGUGUACGCCUUCGGGAUGUGCAUGCUGGAGAUGGCCACCUCGGAGUACCCCUACUCGGAGUGCCAGAACGCUGCCCAGAUCUACCGCAAGGUCACCUCAGGCCUGAAGCCCAGCAGCUUCUACAAGGUGAAGGUGCCUGAGUUGAAGGAGAUCAUCGAGGGCUGCAUUCGCAUGGAUAAGGACGAAAGAUACACCAUCCAGGACCUGCUGGAGCACUCCUUCUUCCAGGAGGACACAGGGGUGCAUGUGGAGCUGGCUGAGGAGGAUGAUGGCAUUAAGUCAGGGCUCAAGCUGUGGCUGCGGAUGGAUGACACAAAGAAGCUGCAUGGCAAGUACAAGGACAACAAUGCCAUCGAGUUUCUCUUUGAGCUCUACAAGGAUGUGGCAGAGGAGGUGGCUCAGGAAAUGGUCGUCCUGGGCUUUGUCUGUGAGGCUGACUACAAGCUGGUGGCGAAGGCGGUGCGGGACCGCGUGGUCGCCAUCAAGCGCAAGCGGGAGAAACUGAAGCGUGCCCAGGAUGUGGUGCCACAGGCUGAGCUGGGGCAGGCGCCGGGCGUCCUGCAGCUGUUGGAGGACCUCAAGUCCCCACUGGCACCAGGCAUCCCUGCACCUGCCCCAGCCACCACCGGCUCCAGGGACUCUGUUUUCAGCAGCACCUUCCCACCAGAGCCUGAGGAACCUGAGGCUGACCAGCAUUUUGUGUACCGGCACACGAGCUACUCCUCGGCCACCUCUGACUGCGAAACAGAUGGCUACUUGAGCUCCUCUGGCUUUCUCGACUCCCCAGACGUGUCUCAUCGCAGUGCUUCAAUGGGGACUCCCACUAGCCCCCCACCCACCCGCUCCACACGUUGCUUCCCCACGAGCAUCGCAGUGCAGCUACCCUCUGAGCGCCUGCCCACAGCCAGCGGCUUCUCUUCUCCAGUGGACAGCUAUGCCUCGGAUGUGGCAUCAGGCAUGAGCGACGGCUGUGAGGGGCUCUCUGCUGGUGAGCAGAGCAGCAAGCUGCCAGCCAAGCGGGCAGUGGGGAGGCUGCAGCGACGCAGAGCCCGGUCCCGGCUGCGCAUCACCAAUAUCUCCGACAAGAACGAUCGGGUGGUGGAGUGCCAGCUGCAGACCUACAACAACAAGAUGGUGACAUUCAAGUUCGACCUGGAUGGGGACAACCCAGAGGAAAUCGCAGCUGUCAUGGUCCACAAUGAGUUCAUCCUCAAGUCGGAGCAGGACAGCUUCAUCCACCGCAUUCAGGACAUCAUCCACCGUGUGGAGACUCUGCUGCGCAAGGACGGGCAAAGUGCAUCUGAGCCGCCCGAGAGCCCCGAGGCUGAGUGUGUCACCGGCCAUCCUCAGGCAGAGCUGCAGCUGCAGGAGCUGUCACACUCCAUCUCCUCCUCCUCACUCAGUGACCUGGGCUGCACCAGCCCCAGCACCUCGCUCCAGUCACCCACCCUGCCAGCGCCGAGCAGCUCCCCAUUGGAGAAUGACCUCUCCAGCCCUGCAGAGCCACUGCCGGGCUCCCCUGCAGGCUUGGCGCAGCCCUGGCCUCUCAUCUCAUCAUCUCCAUCCUGGAUGACAGCAUCACCGGUGCUCCUACAGACACCCCCAGGCUCUUCAGGAAUGUCUGUUCCCCCUGCUCUGCCAGUCCCUUCAUCCCCCAUCCCCAGUGGACCCAGGAGUCCCAUGAGCCCCCCCGUGACCAGCACACCCUGGUCCCCAACCACCCCCCUCCUGUCCUUGGCCAAUGUCUUUUCCCUGGCAGUGAUGAGCGUGGCCCACACGCUACUGCCUGCUGUCUCCUCCAUUGCCAGCUCAGGUGGGCACCUCUACCCCCCACUGCUGCCUCGGCCACAGAAUCUCGUCCUUGGGCCCCCACGCUUUGUUUACCCUGACCCUGCCAGUAUGGCAAAAUCCUCCCUGUCUUGCAGCGGGCCUCUGGGGGCUGACGUCCCUGCUAUGGAGGGGCCCGUGCCAUUCUCUCCUCCGACAGCAGUUCCUCUGUGCCCCACCGGAGGUCCCUUGACGAUGCCAAGCACAGUCAUGCCAGGGAGCCCGGAGGGCAGCACAGUGCCGUUUGUCUCCCUCAAGCCCGAUCACCCACUCAUCGUCUCAGAGUCGCCAGCAUCCAGUGUGCCCAAGGCCCGGCUGUCACCUAUCAAUGAAGAAGCCAAGCCCCAGAUCCUGGGCCGCUUCCAGGUGACACCAUCCAAGGAGCCAGCUGUCACAUCCCCAGUGCUGGGCAGCAGUGAGAGCAAGCAGCACGGCACAGAGCUGGCUGUGAGCAGCUCUCUGCUGCCCACCACCUCUGGCACAGGGAGCAGCACGAGCAGCACGAGCAGCAACUCUGACUCAGAGCUGGAGAUGGCAGUGCAGAACCCUGAGGAGGAGGCGGUAGCUGAGGAGGGGACAGCAGUGCCGGCAGAGAGUGACCGGGAGGGCCCUGGGGAGGAGAGUGCUCCGCAGACGAUGCUGAGCCAGGUAUGGCUGAGCCAGUCCCGCAGUUUGUCCUAUGUGAGCAGCGAUGACAGUGAGAGCGAGGACGAGGAGAUCUGGGAGGAGCUGCAGACCCUGCGCCAAAAGCACUUGGCUGAAGUACAGCUGCUGCAAAGCACCCAGAAGAAGGAGAUUGAGGAACUGUACCUGCGGAUGGGGAAGCAGCCCCCGCUGGGCAUCGUCUCCCCUGCUGCCAUGCUCUCCAGCCGCCAGCGUCGCCUCUCCAAGGGCAGUUUCAACCCCUCCCGCCGCAACAGCUUGCAGCGCCUGGAGUUGGCGCAGCCCCCAGGAAUCAUGCGCCGGAAUUCACUGAGUGGCAGCAGCACUGGCUCCCAGGAGCAGCGGCUGAGCAAGGGCGUGACAUUUGCAGAUGAUUUCAGCUGGAUGCCAGCUGGCCAGGAGUUACUUCAUGAGCUACCUCAACAGUGUGCCUGUUGCCCCCAGGGGGUGAGAGAGCCUCUGCACCAUCUGGAAGGAUGGUGGGCACUCACCUCGGGAAGCCUGGCCCUUUGCCUUUCUGCACCCUAUCAAGACUUCACUGUUGGUACCUGCUGCUUCUGCACCAGACAGAGGGCUGUCCCCACACUUGUCCGAUAUGCUCUUUCCUGUGUGCCCCAGCCCUGUCUCAUCCCAGUGGCACACAGCCAUUUGCUUGAGCUUGGCCCCAGAAGCAGGAGGGAUGAGUGCUGACACUGCUCAUAGCAUCACUGUGCUGCACUUUGCUCCUGGCUCCCAGAGCAGAACUGAACACCCCUUGCAUCCACUUCACCCCUGCCACCGCGCUGUCCUCCAACCAUCCUUCAGUCCACGUGCACAACCCAAGGCCACCUCACAGCUUCACCUCCGGCUCCCCAGCUGUUGUCCAUGGCUCAAAGUGCCACUUUCCUCUUGCAAGCUGCCAGGACCAAAGCUGGCUCCAGAGCAAGAUGAUGCCACCCUCAGCCCCCUAAAAAAUGACAGCCCAGUGCAUUUUGUUACAAACUGAACUCUAGAAAGUGUUUUCAUAAAUACAGAUUGAAUACCAAGCA